UAAAUCGAUCGGACUGUGAGAGGCUGCUGCCCUGUCGCCAUUGAGCAAAGCUUAUAUUCUCCAGCAUAUGGUCUAAAGUCUUCGCUAGAGAUCGGGAAAAACAAACAAACAAACAAACAACAAAAUCCUUAAGCGUCCGCUUCCACAUCACCCAGCCCCACCCCCAGCUACCACCUCCUCUUUCCGCCAACUUCCCAGGCUCGGAAAAGUCCUGCACAGGACACCGCAGCUGGGUGGGUGGGGGGACCCUGCUGCUGGGGGAUGCGGCGGCCGCCGCGCAGCUGACUGCGACGCGGGAGCUCCGGCAGCGCCUCCGCAGGCCACCAGUGAAAGCAGCCAGUCUGAGAUAUCGACACUAUAGAAAAAACUGACAGCUUACUCCUUGUAUUGAUUCUGCUCUUCUCUACAAAUAUAGACUCCGUUCCCUACCACAGCCUUCAGACAGUUCUGCCCCAGAGACGACAAGUAUGAACACCACAGAGAGCAGUGUCAACUGCCUAUGCGCCAUAUGUGGGGACAGGGCGACAGGAAAGCACUAUGGAGCCUCAAGCUGUGAUGGGUGCAAGGGCUUCUUCAGACGCAGCAUCCGCAAGAGUCAUGUUUACUCCUGCAGGUUCAGUCGGCAAUGUGUUGUUGACAAGGACAAAAGGAAUCAAUGUAGAUAUUGUCGAUUAAGGAAGUGCUUUAGAGCAGGAAUGAAAAAAGAAGCCGUGCAGAACGAGCGCGACCGAAUCAGCACCCGGAGGAGCACUUUUGACUGCGGCAGCAUCCCGUCCAUCAACGCCCUGGCGCAGGCGGAAGUGCGGUCUCGCCAGAUCUCAGUCUCAAGCCCUAGUGCAAGCACUGACAUAAAUGUUAAGAAAAUUGCAAGUAUUGGUGAUGUUUGCGAAUCUAUGAAACAGCAACUGUUAGUCUUGGUGGAGUGGGCCAAAUAUAUUCCUGCCUUCUGUGAGUUGCCAUUGGAUGAUCAGGUGGCACUGUUGAGAGCUCAUGCGGGGGAACACUUGCUCCUUGGAGCUACAAAGAGAUCCAUGGUGUAUAAAGAUAUUUUGCUUUUGGGAAACAGCUACGUCAUUCACCGCAACAGUUGUGAAGUUGAGAUCAGCCGUGUGGCCAACCGAGUUCUGGAUGAGCUGGUCCGACCCUUUCAAGAAAUUCAGAUCGAUGACAACGAAUAUGCUUGUUUGAAGGCAAUUGUAUUUUUCGACCCAGAUGCAAAAGGGCUCAGUAAUCCAGUAAAGAUUAAGAACAUGCGGUUCCAAGUGCAGCUUAGUUUGGAGGACUACAUCAACGACCGGCAGUACGACUCCCGGGGGAGGUUUGGCGAGCUACUCCUGCUCCUGCCCACGCUGCAGAGCAUCACCUGGCAAAUGAUUGAGCAAAUACAGUUCGUUAAACUUUUUGGGAUGGUUAAAAUUGACAACCUACUUCAGGAAAUGUUACUGGGUGGUGCUGCCAAUGACAUUAGCCAUCUCCAUCACCCAAUGCAUCCACAUGUGUCUCAAGAUCCAUUAACUGGACAAACUCUACUGUUAGGGCCCAUGUCAACACUGGUUCAUACAGACCAGAUCUCAACUCCUGAAACCCCACUCCCUUCCCCACCACAAGGCUCUGGACAAGAACAGUACAAAACAGCUGCAAACCAAGCUUCAGUCAUUUCACACCAGCCUCUCUCCAAACAAAAGCAAUUGUGAGAAUAUGUUUACUUUUGAAUGGCACUGCAUAAAGGUGAGAAGUGGUUGGUCUCGAAAUAUCUCAGGAUAGUACUUUCGGCAAACUCUUUAACCCAGGCUUCUUCAUGGUGCUGUUGUAAGAUGGUAUCCUGUUUUCUUGUUUAUAUGCUCAUUUUGUUUGUCGUUUCUAUUGUUUAAAACCUUUAGAGGCCAUCAAUGUAUAUCUGAGUUCCCACAUGUUUUAUAGUGUGUUUUUCCAGCUUCCCUUGCACUGUUUCUGAACCAGUUGAAUCUUAUGUACUACUUUCAUUUGUUGUCUGAAUAUUAAUUUAAAUUUGUAAAUACUUUAUUAUGAUGUGAUACAGAGUUAAGGUUGUUUUUUGACUUAGAAUAGUAGAUCAGAAAUCCCAGAUUAAUAUAAAAAUGAACCAAGUUCUUUAUAAAUUUUGAACUUGUAAAUUGGAAAAAUAAAGCAGUUCCUGUAGAAUAGGGCACAUUUCUUUGAGGAAGAGUAACAUGGAUAUCCAGUGGCUAAGAAGUAUCUUUUUGGCCCACAAGUAAAUAUGCCUAUCUUAAGUUUAGAAAAUUGCAAAUAGCCAUUCAUUCCAAGGAUGACUAGAUAGUCCUUGAAAUCUGC